GAUCGUCGCCGUGCUGGCGCGCUAUGGCUUUUGGCGCGAGUGUGGACGCCUGCACCAUGGCGGUCGCCGAUACAGCUUUGGGGUCGUUGGUAAAGGGCCUGUACGACGUGCAGGCUUUCAAGUUUGGGAACUUCGUGCUGAAGAGCGGGCUCUCUUCUCCCGUCUACGUAGAUCUGCGGGGCAUCGUGUCUCGACCACGUCUUCUGAGUCAGGUUGCAGAACUUCUAUUUCAAACUGCCAAAAAUGCGGGGAUCAAUUUUGACACUGUCUGUGGAGUCCCUUACACAGCUUUACCAUUGGCUACAGUUUUCUGUUCAACUAACCAAAUCCCAAUGCUCAUUAGAAGAAAAGAAACAAAGGAUUACGGUACUAAACGUCUUGUAGAAGGGACUAUUAAUCCAGGAGAAAACUGUUUGAUCAUUGAAGAUGUCGUUACCAGUGGAUCUAGUGUUUUGGAAACUGUUGAGGUUCUUCAGAAGGAGGGCUUGAAGGUCACGGAUGUCAUCGUGCUGCUGGACAGAGAGCAAGGAGGCAAGGAUAAGCUGCAGGCACAUGGGCUUCAUCUCCACUCAGUGUGUACAUUGUCCAAAGUGCUGGAGAUUCUUGAGCAACAGAAAAAAAUUGAUGCUGAGAUGGUUGAGAGAGUGAAGAAAUUUAUUCAAGAGAAUGUUUUUGUGGCAGCUGGUCAGAAUGGUUCUCUCCCGUCUAUAAAGAAAGCACCCGAAGAACUCAGCUUUGGUGCACGUGCAGAGCUGCCCGGGAUCCACCCAGUUGCAUCCAAGUUGCUCAGGCUUAUGCAAAAAAAGGAGACCAAUCUGUGUCUGUCUGCUGACAUUUCGGAGUCCAGAGAGCUGUUGCAGCUAGCGGAUGCGUUAGGACCCAGCAUCUGCAUGCUCAAGACUCACGUAGAUAUUUUGAAUGAUUUUACUCUGGAUGUGAUGAAGGAGUUAACAGCUCUGGCAAAACACCAUGAGUUCUUAAUAUUUGAAGACCGGAAAUUUGCGGACAUAGGAAACACAGUAAAAAAGCAGUAUGAAGGUGGUGUCUUUAAAAUAGCUUCCUGGGCAGAUGUAGUCAAUGCUCAUGUGGUGCCAGGCUCAGGAGUUGUGAAAGGCCUGCAAGAAGUUGGCCUGUCUCUGCACCGGGGGUGCCUGCUCAUUGCGGAAAUGAGCUCCGCCGGCUCCUUGGCCACUGGGAACUACACUAAAGCAGCGGUUAGAAUGGCUGAGGAGCAUUCUGAAUUUGUGUUUGGUUUUAUUUCUGGCUCCCGAGUAAGCAUGAAACCAGAAUUUCUUCACUUGACUCCUGGAGUUCAGUUAGAAGCAGGAGGUGAUAAUCUCGGCCAGCAGUACAAUAGCCCACAAGAAAUUAUUGGCAAACGAGGUUCUGACAUUAUCAUUGUGGGCCGGGGUAUAAUAGCAUCAGCCAAUCGCCUGGAAGCAGCGGAGACGUACAGAAAAGCUGCCUGGGAAGCCUAUUUGAGUAGACUUGGUGUCUGAGUGUCAGAUACUUUCUGUGAAGGCCUUGAAGACCCACUGUCUCCUGAGAUGCAUUGGCUGGAUAACGCGCAGCCUUUUAUACUGCCCGGAUUCCUCCGUGGGUCCUGUGUUGGAGUGACUUCUAGAGUUACCCAUCAUGCUUAGGAUCUACUGAACAGCUGUAAUCACUGCAUUAGUUUUCAGGCAUUCUUUAGUGAGACUGGUGUUGGCGAAGCAGUCACAGUCCUGUCUGGUAAAGUCUUCCGCAUUUGAGGAUUCCCCCAUCCACUCCCCAUCUUUAGAUCAGGCUUUUUGAUUCUUUUAGUUGCUGUGGCACAACUAAAAGUCCUCUUUUAGGACAUAAAGAGUACAGCAUUUAGGACAUCAGAAUACAACAUUUCUUGUGUUCUUUAUUUUAUGUCUAAUGUGAUGCCCAUACAAUAUUAAAAUAUUAGUUCUUGUCCUCUUAAAAGUGAUAGUCCAGGUAUCCAAAUGGUGCUGGUUCUCAGAACUGCCACUAUUCACUCACCGAGGGGAGCAAGGUGGGGAAGUGGAAAGCUGACCAAUGCCUGGCUUUCGUUUCAGCAGAGGGUUUCUGACUCUUCUCCCAGCAGCAGUGGCCCUGUGCUGAGAUCCAGGCACAGCUUCCUUUUGGCUUGUUUGGUUACAAAUGGACAAGCUGCUCCUUCACUUAUGUAAAAAGGCAGCAGCGUCAGGAGGUGAGGUUACAGUUGGAGGUUUGCUUCAAAAUCCUACAUAAUUGUCCCAACUGUCCUUGACAAGAGGGAAGUCAGACUUCACUAGAAAUAAGGAAAAAGAAGCUCAGCAACAGAGCUGAUAUUGUCCACGUCUCGGUUUCUACCACCUUUGCUCACAGGCCCCACCGUCACACACGUGGCAUCACCAGUUAGGCAGCCCUCUCAGUCACGUCCCAAAGGCACUGCAGUCAGACCUCGAUUCUAAAACGUCUCACAUCUCAAACACUGCCUCUCAAGCUGACAACCCUUUCGUGCUGAGCCCUGUAUGAUCAGUCACGUGUCUCUCAGGAGACAAAGGAGGAGACGCUCAAGAGCUUACUGCUGUUAACAUCUCAGGAUAUUGUGCUGUGAAUGUUCUGGUUUUUUGCUUUUGUUGCUGCUUAUUAAAUUUUCACUAUUUACUGUA